CUAGUAAAAAUGAUUUAAAUCUAACAAACAUCUGAUAUUGAUUUGCCUAUGUAAUAAUAUUCAACGGGAGCGAAGCGACAAAAGAAAAGCGCUCCCGGACCGCCACAUGCUCGAGCGCAUCCGCCAAUCACGUCAUUGGCUUGCUCCGUUCCCUCGCGGGGUGUCAGAUUCCCCAUUCGCCCCAAGCGGAGAAGGGUGUUUAUUUCCUGACUCGCGUCUCUCGACUGAGUCGGACCACCUCCUCUCUGUCGUCACAUCGCAGAGCUACAAAAGCUACAUGGAGGAACCGGUCGCGGUCGAAACCGGCAAGCAAAGCGAAACGGAACGCGCAGUGUGAGACGUCAAAAUGAAGGCCUUGAGUGCGCUCGUGCGGUCGGCGAGCUCCGCGUGUUCCCGGCGUACGGAGCGCGUCGCGUCUGGACGAUGCGGACUGUGCAGUAAGAUCCAGCCUAGCUUUGGAUUUUUGUUUGACAUCGACGGAGUCUUAGUCAGAGGAAAGACGCCAAUCCCAGCAGCAAAGAGAGCUUUCCAGAAGCUGGUGGAUUCAAAUGGACAGUUUGUGGUACCCGUCGUCUUCGUCACAAACGCUGGCAACUGCUUACGGCAGAAGAAGGCAGAUCAACUGUCUCACAUACUGGGUGUUCCUAUUACGCAAGACCAAGUGAUGAUGUCUCACAGCCCUUUGAAAAUGUUUAAGAGAUACCAUGACAAGUGCGUGCUGGUAUCUGGACAAGGUCCUGUGCUUGACAUUGCCAAAAAUGUGGGCUUUACUAACGUGGUCAGUAUUGACAUGCUCAGAGAAUCUUUCCCCCUGCUGGACAUGGUGGAUCACAACAGACGUCCAAAACUACCGUCUUCACCUGUGAUGAACCUCCCUAAAGUUGAAGCUGUGGUUCUGUUCGGAGAACCCAUUCGAUGGGAAACAAACCUUCAGCUCAUCGUAGACAUCCUUCUGACCAAUGGGAAUCUAAGUAACGUGUAUGAGAGCACUCACACUUCUCAUCUGCCGCUCUUAGCCUGUAACAUGGAUCUCAUGUGGAUGGCCGAAGCACAUUCACCAAGAUUUGGUCACGGCACUUUUAUGGUGUGUUUGGAGAGCAUCUAUAAGAAGAUCACUGGCAAAGAUGUGAAGUACGAGGCCCUCAUGGGGAAACCCAGUGAACUGACGUACCAUUAUGCAGAGUACCUCAUUCGAGAACAAGCUGCAGAAAGAGGAUGGAGGACACCAAUCAGAUCUCUCUAUGCCGUCGGGGACAACCUGAUGACCGAUAUUUACGGGGCCAACCUCUACAGCCGCUACCUGGAAGAACGAGCGGCUAGCAAGGGCACCAAAGCGGUAGCAAAGGUGGUGACGGGCACAGGGCUGCCCACCGCUGUCCCUCAGGAGGUGGAUAUGGACAAUGGUUGGGAAAGCGAGCUUGCUUCGCCCUCCGCCACCUCCUGCAAGUCGAUUCUGGUUUGCACAGGAGUCUACAAUCCCCACAUGGAGUUACCUAAAGAUGCAAACCAAUGCAUCAAAGAGACGGUCUUCCACGGGCAUCGUGACUUCCGCUUUGACCCCGCACUGGUUGAGCCGGAGAAAAUUGUUGAGGACGUAGACGCUGCCGUUGAACUUAUAUUUGAGAUGGAGAAAUUUCAGACAGCAGUUUAGUUUCUGUUUGUAUUAACAGUCCGUUACUCAACAUUUUCAAUUUUAGAACAUGUCUGUCUGAGAAACCUCGACGCACAAUUCAUGACUGAGGAAACAGAAGAAAUUAAAGAGAUUUUAGUUUAACUACAUGGUUUGUUUCCAAACAGUGUUUUUAUGAGCUAUUAACAUUUUCGUUUGUCAGUACUCUGACAGACCAGAUUUGCUUAAACAUGUGACAAGAAUGAUAUUCAGAUGUGCUAGAAAACAGGACAAAAAAAAAAAGAGUAAAAUGUGAAUUGCACCAUUGCCAAUCAUGGAUGUUAAGGGCUCAUAGCUUGCCUUUUAAUGCUGAAUACUCCAUACAUUAUUACUGUUACUUUAAUUUUUUUUAUAAAUUACAGUAAGUUUACAUCCUAUACAUCUUAAAGCUAAAAUCUUAAACUUAUUGUACGUUUUAGUUAUUUCAUUGUUAUUUUCUGUAGAUUGGUUUGUGAAAAAUGUUGUACUGCAGACGAAUUAAAACAUGAUUACCUGUUAACUGUAUUGUGCCAGUAUACAUGUUUAGAAAUCGAUUUAAAGUACUAAACAAUGUUAUAUCAGUAAUCGUUACAUGCUCCAUCCUUUUUCUACUUUUACAUUGCUGAUGUUACAUUGUGGUUAGUUUUUCUCUUUUUUAUUGGAAACAAUACAGCACAGAUUUGCACUGAGAGACAACACAACAUUAUAGCUAUUGUUUUAAAACAAAGGGUGUUAAUAAAAGUCUAUCACUUAA